AUGUCAACUUUUGGCUCCACAGCUGAAGAUGGAGCACAUCCUGUAUUCCAAGUCCGCCACCGCAACAAGAAACAAAGGGUUAAAGAUGCUAAAGUUGAUGUGGAUAAAAAAAAUAGUUAUAUCUCUAAGAAAGAUAGGAAGAGGGCCACAGUCAAUGUCAGUGAACAAGAGAAAAGUACCAUCUUAGCAGCUAAACCGCUGGAUAAUGUUGGGGUCCACAAGUUUUAUCCAGUCCAGCACUUCUCUAUUCAAGAGGUUCUACUGCGGCACAAGGCAUCUGCCCAGCCAGCUAUGCUGGAUAACAUGAGGAGAUUAUUUUACCUGAGCAUGAGGCUAGACCUAAUUACCAAAAAAAAGGCGCCAGAGAAGAUGAAACUUGCCACAUCACUGGGUACUAAACUAGUUGGAACUCCGGAAGAAGUUCUUAAAAUUAUCACCUCUGGAGUGUUGAAGGCCACAGUCUUUAAGCAUGUGCUGUGCACAACAGAUUGUGGGACUGAAAUUUUACCUCUACGCAAUUACUUGAGAGAUACAUUUCCACAGAAAGUGGCCCCACCCUCCCCUGAAGAGAUUGCCCUUAGAGUAGAAGACAAUGCUCUGGUUACAAAAAAUGAAGAAGUUGAUUCAGAUGAGGAGGAGGAGAUGUCUAUGGAAGCUGCUUGA